CAGUCUGCAUCAUCAAAUGCUGGAAAUAACACACAACACACACUAGAUUUCUUCCAGUAUUAUUCAAUUAAUUUUAUAACUACUACUCUCAUUUUACUAGUCAUACUUUUACCUCAUUAUUCAUUCCUUCCCCAGUUUUUCUUCUUUAGAAAAAAUUAGGGGACAAAAGCCAGUUCAAUUCUCCUCUCUUUCGUUUCCAGAUCCAAAUCUCACAAAUUAUAUACCUCAGAUCCUCUGCCCUGUUCAGAUCUUAAUUAUUUUGUGUAUAGCUUUAUUAUUAACACGAAUUAUCUUCAAAAGCUAUAAAGAUUUGAUUGGGUAGUCAGGGCGUGAUCCUGGAUCUGAUCGAGCUAUCCCGGAGUUUCAAAAUCGACCCAGUCAUGAAUCCCUUUUCGUCCGGCACGCGCCUAAGGGACAUGAUUCGGUCCAUUCGUGGUUGCAAGACUGCAGCGGAGGAACGUGCUGUUGUAAGAAAAGAAUGUGCAGCUAUUCGUGCUGCAGUUAGUGAAAAUGAUCAAGAUUAUAGGCAUCGUAAUCUUGCAAAACUCAUGUUCAUUCACAUGCUGGGAUACCCUACACAUUUUGGACAAAUGGAAUGUCUGAAAUCAAUUGCAUCUCCUGGAUUUCCUGAGAAGAGAAUAGGCUAUCUUGGCCUUAUGUUGCUCCUUGAUGAAAGACAGGAAGUUCUGAUGUUGGUUACAAAUUCCAUAAAACAAGAUCUUAAUCACACCAACCAGUACAUUGUUGGACUUGCUCUUUGUGCUUUGGGGAAUAUUUGUUCUGCAGAAAUGGCUCGUGACCUUGCUCCAGAAGUUGAACGGCUUCUGCAAUUUAGAGAUCCAAACAUCCGAAAGAAAGCAGCAUUAUGCACUAUCAGGAUUAUCAGGAAAGUGCCAGAUCUGGCAGAAAAUUUUAUAAAUUCUGCCGCUUCUUUGCUGAAGGAAAAGCACCAUGGAGUUCUCCUUACAGGAGUGCAGCUUUGCACAGAUUUAUGCAAAGUCAGUUCAGAGGCACUCGAAUAUUUCAGAAAGAAAUGCACAGAGGGUGUGGUGAAAGUGUUGAAGGAUUUGGCGAAUAGUCCAUAUGCUCCAGAAUAUGACAUUGCGGGGAUAACUGACCCUUUUCUUCACAUAAGAUUGCUCAAGUUUUUACGUGUACUUGGACAGGGAGAUGUUGACACUAGUGAUUGCAUGAAUGAUAUUCUUGCUCAGGUGGCAACCAAAACUGAGCCAAACAAGAAUGCCGGGAAUGCUAUCCUCUACGAAUGUGUUGCUACCAUUAUGAGUAUUGAAGAUAAUGGUGGCUUGAGGGUCCUUGCCAUCAAUAUACUGGGUAGAUUUUUGUCCAAUCGUGACAACAAUAUCAGAUAUGUUGCUUUAAACAUGCUGAUGAGAGCUAUUACAGUAGAUAGUCAAGCAGUACAGAGGCAUAGAGCAACUAUCUUGGAGUGUGUUAAGGAUUCAGAUGCCUCAAUCCGUAAAAGGGCCCUCGAGCUUGUGUAUGUUUUGGUAAAUGAAAGCAAUGUGAAGCCUUUGACCAAGGAACUAAUUGAUUAUUUAGAAGUAAGCGAACCAGAGUUCAGAGGAGAUCUUACUGCCAAAAUUUGCUCGAUUGUGGAGAAGUUUUCCCCAGAGAAAAUUUGGUACAUUGAUCAGAUGCUCAAGGUUCUUUCAGAGGCUGGAAAUUAUGUCAAAGAUGAAGUAUGGCAUGCUCUUAUUGUCGUUAUUACAAAUGCUUCUAAUCUUCACGGAUAUGCUGUAAGGUCUUUGUACAGAUUAGUCCAAACAGCAGGUGAUCAGGAAAUUCUCGUUCGAGUUGCAGUUUGGUGCAUAGGAGAAUAUGGUGAUAUGUUGGUCAAUAACACUGGAUUCCUUGAUAUGGAGGAGCCAAUAACCGUAACGGAGUCGGAUGCUGUGGAUGUUGUAGAGACAGCUAUCAAACGGCAUUCUUCAGAUCUCACUAGUCGGGCAAUGUGUCUCGUUGCUUUGUUGAAGCUGUCAAGUCGUUUUCCAUCUUGUUCAGUGAGGAUAAACGAUGUUAUUGUUCAGUAUAAAGGAAGCUUGGUGCUUGAACUACAACAGAGAGCCCUUGAGUUUAGUGCGAUUGUUGAUAAACAUCGGAAUAUUAGGUCUACACUGGUCGAAAGGAUGCCAGUCCUUGAUGAGGCCACAUAUAGUGGAAGGAGGGCUGGUUCAGUGCCAGCAGUUGUUUCAACUUCACAAGGCGCUCCUAUUAAUCUUCCUAAUGGAGUUGCCAAAACGACAUCCGCACCACUGGUUGAUUUGCUGGAUCUUAGUUCAGAUGACGUACCAGUACCUAGCUCUUCUGGUGGAGAUUUUCUUCAGGAUCUUCUUGGUGUUGAUUUGUCACCAUCUUUGUCACAAACAGACACAAAUCAGGCGCAGAAAAGAGGCACUGAUGUCCUGCUGGAUCUUCUAUCAAUUGGGACACCUCCUGCUCAAAGUAACUCUUCUAUUCCUGAGAUGGUUUCCCCUAGUGAUGACAGCAAAAGUGCUAUAAAUGUCUUGGAGCAAUUGUCCUCACCUUCUGCGCCAGCUGGAGGUGUAUCCACCCCUCCUGGAAGUUCUCCUAUGAUGGAUUUGUUGGAUGGUUUCGCUCCAAAACCUGAAAACAAUGGUCCAGCUUAUCCUUCAAUUGUUGCAUUUGAGAGCAGCACCUUGCAAGUGACAUUUAACUUUUCCAAGCAGCCCGGAAACCAGCAGACAACAAUUAUUGAAGCUAACUUUUCAAAUAAGACAUUUGAUGCUUAUACGGACUUUAUCUUCCAGGCUGCAGUGCCAAAGUUUCUUCAAUUACAUUUGGAUCCAGCCAGCAGUGAUACACUUCCUGCAAGUGGUAAUGGAUCAAUCUCCCAAAAAUUGCGAAUUACGAACAGCCAACAUGGCAAGAAAUCCCUUGUUAUGCGCAUACGGAUAGGUUAUAAGUCGAACAACAAAGAUAUGUUGGAGGAAGGGCAAAUUAACAACUUUCCUCGUGGCUUGUGAAGUUCCAAGGGCGCUCAAAGGAAUUGUUUUGAUGUAUUAUGAGAUGAGAAAUAGAAUAGUUUGAGCUUCUGCUCGUAUGUAUGUAGUUUCCGGUGGUCAUCAAAUCCUGGGCGAUCUGGCUUUCAGCAGCGUGUUACUUCUGACUGGAUGAAUGAAUCAGGUAUAUCAGAUGCAUGGGGGAUUGUGUCUUCGCCCCCUUUUUUUUUCUUGUACAUUUAGGAUGGGACAGUCGCAUACGGCAUUGUGGAAACCAAAUUUUGCCUACGAGCGAGGCACAUAUAGAAAGCUCCUCUCCUCUCCUCUCGAGUCCA